GUUAGUCCAUUACCAUGUCACUCUGCAAAUCCCUACUCAUGUAAAAGAUCUUGUGGGCGGCUUCUUGAUUGUCAGAAUCACACCUGUAUGAAAGAAUGUCAUCAUGUCACUAAAUUGAACAGCAGUGCAGAUGGAAAUAAGGCAGGUCUAGAAUGUUCUCAGUGUGAAGAGGAGUGUACCAAGUCCCGUCCACCUGGCUGUCCUCACCGAUGUGUUUUGCCCUGUCAUCCUGGGGAUUGCCCGUCAUGUCUCCAGAUGCUUAAAAUAAAGUGUCACUGCAAACUAUCAAUACUGUAUAUUGAAUGCUUAAAACUAACGUGUGCUGAUUUAAAAGAAAAGGAGCUUCUUAUUUCCUGCAAAAAUCAGUGUCCAAAAGAGUUGCCCUGUGGUCACCGGUGUAAAGAGAUUUGCCAUUCAGGUAGCUGUCCUCUGAACUGCAGCCAGAAGGUAAAACUCCGAUGUCUCUGCAAGAGACUGAAAAAGGAAAUACAGUGCAGCAAGAUACAAGAAGGCCAAGUUUCACUGGAAUGCGAUGCAUUAUGCAAGGAAAUGAAACGGAAAGCAGCUGAGAUAAAAGAGGCAGAAGCCAAAGCUGCUGUUGAAGAAGAGAAACGAAGACAACAGGCUGAACUGGAAGCUUUUGAAAACAGAUUAAAAGGGCGAAGAAAGAAUAAGAGAAGAAAGGAUGAAGUAGAAGUUGAACAAUCAUCAUGGCAAAAAUACAAGAACCUCAUUAUGCUGCCAAUGUUCGGAGUUGCUGUUGUGAUGGUUGCAUGGCUCAUGGUCUACAAUGACUGAAAAAGCGCAAUAUUUAAUAUACCUCAGUUGGGCUUUAGGUAGCUGUUAUUCCUAGAAUGUUAGUCUGUGUGUAACAGAACUUAAUAUGCAUAGAUUAUGCAUGUAUACUGUUUGCCAAGAAAAGUGCAGAGGAGAGAAGUGUCACCUUUUGUGUUACUACAUUCGCAGCAGAAAACUGAAUUCAGACACUAGUAAGAGUAGAUUUUAGCCUACACUGAAGGCUGGUAUAAUUUGUCUGACUGAGAUCCAUUAACUUCUCUUAAUAUAUUGUGUUACUUUUCCUUGUCU